CGGCAUCGGUCGAUGUAGGCAGCAGAACUGCUGCCUCAGCAGUCAAUGCCAUCUUCCUGGUUGCAAUCCAUGACAUUUCCACUGUGUAAUUGUCACUCGGAAAGAAAAUUAAUGUUCUUAUUCAUUUUCUUUUCGACUGAUAAUUCCCUGAUGAAUCGUUUGAGGGCGCCAGCUUACGGACCAGGUUGCCAAGAGUUUUCCACAACCUGUGGAAAAUUUCGGUGAGCUCUUGGUCAGUCAGUGGGCAGCUCUCGAGAUUGAAGGACGGGUUCCUUAGUGGAGAUGGAGGUCGUGAUUGUGUUGGUGUGGGAAGCUUCCUCUUUCUUGAAAUUGAUGACUAGUCUCAUAUCAUUGACGAUACACAAUGCAUUGUUGGCUUUAAGUUUACGCUAUGCUACAACACGUUCUCGCAGCAUAUUUCAUGCUACAACAGCCGUACUCAUGACUGAAAUUGCGAAGUUUUUCAUCUGCCUGCUAUUAGUGUACUUUGAUGAAGGAAGUUUUAGCAAAUGGAGAAAUUCACUGUACCGCACAGUGAUUCAGAAACCUUUCGACACACUCAGAGUAGCAGUUGUGGCUAUCUUUUAUGUGAUCAAAGAUAAUUUACUAUAUUUGUCUGCUGCCAAUCUAGAUGCUACCACCAAUCAGGUCACUUAUCAACUAAGGAUCUUGACAACAGCUGUGUUUGCAGUAGUUUUGAUGAAACGAAGACUCGGCGCACAACAAUGGAUGGCGCUGUUGGUUCUUUUGAUAGGAAUUGUUCUUGUACAAAUCACAAAAUCCACAGAUAAGAUUGGGAAAGACAAUCCUGACCAGAACAGGCUAAUAGGAAUCGCAGCUGUUCUGGGGGCAUGUUGCCUCUCAGGAUUUGCAGGAAUUCAUUUCGAAAUUAUAUUGAAAAGUUCAGAUAAUAUAUCGGUGUGGAUUCGUUAUGUUCAAUUGAGCUGCCUAUCCAUGCCAGUCGCGCUAGUCACGUGUUUCUUGACGGACUAUGACAAAAUCAUAGACAACGGAUUCUUUUUCGGGUAUGACAUUUUUGUGAUUUAUUUGGUUUUUCUUCAAGCAGGUGGGGGUCUGAUUGUGGCCGUAGUUGUGAAAUACGGUGACAAUAUUUUGAAAGGAUUUGCAACGUCUGCGGCGAUUGUGAUUUCAGCUGUGUUUUCCGUUUAUCUAUUCGGCUUUGAGAUUUCAUCUGAGUUUGUAUUAGGCGCCAUACUAGUUGUUUUAUCUAUUAUCAUGUACAAUGUCAACACUGUGCAAAAAGAUUCAGUCGUUCAGCAAGAUACGAUUGCUAACGAUAUAGUCUAGUCUUAGCCGAAAACAAUCAACUAUUUAAUAUUAAAUCGAAUAUGCGGUUAUCAAUUAAAGUAAUUCCUCUAAAAGGCCUUACCUUGUUUCUUAAAACAUAGACUGAUGAUGUGAAUCAUCUAUUCCUUGUGCAGCUUGUACUUUUUGAAGGCUUGUAUGUAUUGGUUGUAAAAUUCUUUAGAAUUCAGUUAAUACGUAGGUAUCAAUAUCCAAUUUAAAAGACAAUAAUCAUUGUUAAUAUAACAAUGAUUAUAUUGUUAUAUUAAAAUGAUUAUAUUGUUAUAUUAAAAUGAUUAUAUUGUUAUAGAUGAAACUCAUGUUUCAUCUAAACAUUAGUAAUCUCGUGUAUUAUAAUAAGGCCUAUUUAGGGAAACCAUUAUUCGAAUUCAUUUUUGGAAAAACAAAAUGUAACAUUUGAGUGAAACUAAAAUCUCAGUCGAGCCCUAUCUUGGCCGAUAAAUAAUCAAAUUGAAUAAUUGGUUCCUCUUUCCUGGCUCCAAAUUCAUAUUUAUGCUUUAAUAGAAAAAAAUGUCUUGACUCCGGCGCUGUAAAAAAUACAAAAUGACGUCAAGUGUUGAAUAACUUGGUAUGCUGUGAAAAUGAAAAUAAUGAACCUCAUAAUGAUUAAUAUUACAGAGAAAACCCUCUACAUUCUGUAAAAUAAGAAUUUGGUCUAAAUAUAUUCUUUGUGCACAUGUGCAGCAUCUCCUUUUUGAAGGCUCUAUUAUGUAGUUACACAUUACUUAUUUAUUAUGUAGUUAUAAAUUACUUUUUAAAGUGAUGCUAAAAUAUUGUGUAGGCUUUUUGUGUUUAAAUUUAAUCACAGUAAAAAAUUACAAAACUG